AUGAAAACUAAAACUGGUGUUAUAAUUUCCCGUCUUUGGCUCUGUUACUCUGUUGAAUUAGAUAAAGUAUACUGUGAAACAUGCUGGCUUUUUGUUGAUUACAAUCAUCGAAAUUUUAAGUCAGAAUGGAUUGAAGGCAUUGAUGAUUGGCAACAUUUGUUCCAAAAAAUAAUUUCUCAUGAAAUAUCAGGUCCUCAUUUAGUGCAUUCAAUGCAACUUAGACUUGUAUGGGCAAAUAAGUGUACUAUUGAUAAAGAGUUAGAAGUUCAAAUUUCUAAUGAAGCUAAAUACUGGAGAGAUGUUUUGGAAAGAAUAAUUAAAAUAAUUUUAAGUCUUACUGCUGGUAAUUUGGAACUCCGUGGUAAUGAAACCAAUCAAUUUUGCGAAGGAAAUUUUCUUAGAACAGUAAAACUAUUUGCAGAAUUUGACCCACUUUUAAGAACACUUCUUGAUGAAAAAGAUGGCCAUAUUAAAUAUCUAAGUCCAGCUAUUCAGAAUGAGUGA